AUGUCGGCGUCGCGCACAGCGCGGCGGGGCGGCGCGCGGCAGGAGGAGAGCUCGAGCCGGGAUGCUGGGGGAGGCAGGGGUGGCAGGCGGGGAAGGGGCGCGCGAGGGCGUGGGCAAGGCCGAAGCAGCAGCAGCGCGCGGGGCGCUGGUAGGGGCGGCAGGAUGGACGAUGACGGUCCGGUGACCGCGGAGCAGAUACUGCUGGAGGGGAAGGCGCUGGGAUUGGCGCUUGCGGGCAGAGGUCGGGGGAGAGGCGGAAGCGGAGGGAGGGCGCGGGGCACAAGGGAUGAAGAUGAAGAGGAGGAGGAGGAGAGUGAGGAGGAAAACGAGGAUGAGGAGGAGGAGGAGGAGGAAAGCGAGGAUGAUGAUGAGGAUGAGGAGGAGGAGGAUGAGGAGGUCGAGGAAGAGGAGGAAAAAGAGGAGGAGAAAGAGGAGGAGGAGGAGGAGGAUGAGGAGGAAGAGGUGGAGGAGGAGGAGGAGGAGGAGGAUGAGGAGGAGGAGGAGGAGGGAGAGGGGGAAGAAGAGGAAAAGGAGGAGGAGGAGGGGGAGGAGGACCAUGCCAAGAGAAAAAAGGGCAAGGAUGGCAAGACGGGGCGAGACGAGUGCGGUAUAAGGGAGGCGGCGGGGGAGCUGCAGAACGGGUGUGCGCGUGGCGUGCUUGGUGGUGAGAUGGCGUCGCGUGGCGAGCAUGAUGCUGCUGCUGAGGGGCCGGCUUCCGCCCGUGGGCGCGCAUUGGCAGGCGUAGGCGGGGAUGUGAAGAAGGGGGACGGGCAUGGGGGGGGAGGCGCGGAGGAGGAGGAGGAGCACGAGGCGGAGACUGGAACAGGGGAAGUGAAGGGGCAUGGCGAUUCAGUUGGAAACGCGGAAGAGGGGGGCGAGAAGAAGAGGAUUGGGGGGGGUGGUGUGGGGUUGAGUGGGUAUAGGCGAGGCAGGAGGGGGUCUCAGCCUGUUGCUGGUGGUAGGCGUGAAGCGGAUACACAGCAAGGGGUGGACACUGGGACUUUGACGUGUGCGGAAGUAGAGAGGGAGCAUAGAGAGGAGGAGGAGGAGGAGGAGGAGGAUGAGGAGGAGACUGACUGUGUGGUGCGUCCAAAGGACGGGGCUGGUGGUGGUGGGAAGGCAGUGGUGAGUGCUGUGAAGAUAAAGCUGGGAAGGUUCAGUGCGAGGGAGGAAGAGGAGGAAGAGGGGGGUGUUGUGGGACGUGCGGAUGGGGGGAUGGGUGGCGGCGGUGGUGUGAAGGAGGUUAGUGCGAGGGUGGUUCCAGGAGAGCAGGGUGCUGACAGUGCCACCGCACAUGGUGCUGCUGCUGCUACUAGUGCUGCAGAAGCAGAAGCAGAAGCAGAAGCAGCAGCAGCAGCAGCAGCCCCUGCAGCAGGUGGGCAUGCAAGCGUGAGGGUGCCGAAGCUGUGUGGCUGGAGCGACAUUCUGCAGCGGUCAACGCGGGUGACCCGCGUUGCCAAGGGCAGCAGCAGCAGGCCUCGUGCACUGGGAGCUGUGGCGCGCGCGUGCAGAGGGCCGUGGGAAGCGUAUGAUCUUCCCUCGCCCCGCCCUGCUGCUGCUGCUGAUGGCGCUGUCAGAAUGUCAUUGUUCUCUAGCCUGCAGUGGGGCGCUGCUGGUGAGGAGGAGGGUGCUUGCGCUGGUGGGGUGACUGGAGAGGUGAAACUCGAGGGGGAUGCGGAGGGGUUCGGAGAGGUGAAAAAGGAGGCGACUGCAGAAGGGAGAGGGGAGGCGGAUGGAGAUGCUUUAAGGAAGGAUGGGCAAGAGGAGAAAUCUGCGGUUGAUGGGUGUGGUGAUGGGGACAGAUUAGGAAAGAAGGAUAAGGAAGAUGGGCAAGAGGAUGAGGUGGGCAAGGGACAGUGUGAAGAUGGGAGAGAGAGGGGCAGCGAUGGGGGAAGGAGAAGAGGGAAGGGAGCAGUGGGUGCAAGGUGGAAGAGGGAUGGAGGGGGGGGAAUGGACAGGGGAAGAGGGCGAGGGAGUGGGAGGGGAAGAGGGGGCAGGCAGUGUGGUGGUAGGUGGGGAGCAGGAGGUAGGAGUCUGAUCAAGGAGGAACCGGAGGAGAGUGCGAUGCAGGAAAGGGGGGGUGAGGAGGAUCCGCAUGAGGAAGAGGCAGCGCACGUGAGUGGCAAGGGUGCGGAGGGUGCGGGGGAAGAGAUGCCGACGACUGGUGCAGCGGGGCAGGUCUCGGCUGCUGUGCAAGGUGCUGGGGACGAACGCCUGGAUGCUGCUGCCAUUCGUGUGGAGGAGGAAGAGGCAGGAGGACGCAGGGAGGCCAGCGUGACGCAGGCAGGGGAGAGCUGUGUGGGGGUCUGUGUGGAUGGAGGGAAGGAGAGGGCCCGGGUCGAGGAGUGGGGAGAGGGGCAGGCAAUGCAAGGCGAGGAGGAGUGUGGAGAGCAGGGCGUGGCGAAGGGCGGGGAGCGGCAUCGGGAAGGGCAAGAGAAGGGUUCUUCUGCAGAUCGUGUAACGGAAGCCCCGUCAAGCCCGCGGACUGGUGGCAGCAGGCAGGCGUGCAGGGCCCAUUCGCCAGAAAGACAUGCAGGCGAGUCCCAGGGGGAGAAAGGACCGCACGAGCACAAGGGGGGGGAUUUGAGAAUGGAUCAGGGGCAGCAGCAAAAGGAGAGCAGAGGAGGUGAUGAUAUCAAGGGUAGAGAUGAGGGGCGUGUGCAGGGGCAAGAGUGUGGAGGCCGGUGCAAUGACCCACAGGACCCUCUUGUGAAGGGCUCCGCUGUCACACCCGUGUGCACUGCUCUAGACCUGUUAUGCCCUCCCUCACUCCCCGUAUCUUCUGCUUCUGCCGCUGCUGCUGCUGCUGCUCCUGCUGCUGCCGCUGCUGCCUCCCAUCCCUUGCGCCCGUCCCAAUCCUCCCUUCCUGUUUCUGCCUCACACUCUCCAGCAGUCUCUCCCUCGUCGUCUCUUUCACUGGAUUGUGGAGCAUCAACAGUGGCAAGGAUGGGAGCUGCGGCUGAUGCAAAGAAUCCAGAAACAGCCACGUGUUUACGCAACGGAGAAGCAGCUCGCCCCUUGACAGGAGCAACUGAGCUGGAGAAGCAUGGGGAGGGCACAAUGCAGAAUGCAGAUGGGGAGGAAAGCACCAGAGUGCCGUGCCCGAGGAGUGGUGGAGGGGAGAACGAGGGCGCAGUGGAGUGGAAAGGGGAGAUGCAGAGAGGGGGGGUCACAGCAGCAGUGCAGGCAGAUGUAGGGGAUACAGAGGAGCAGAGAGGGAAGGAGGAUGGAGAUGGGAGGGGAGGAGGGGACAGAGGCGUGGGUGUGGAGGAGGGGCGUGAGGAUGGUGAGUGGGGCAUGCGGAUUGAGAGAGAUGUGAAAGGAGGGGAGCAUACGAGUGGCAAGGUUGAGGGGAGUGAAUGUGUAAGGGCAGUGGCGAGCACAGUGGGUUUGGUGAGUAAGGCAGGAGAGGAAGCAGAGCGGGCGGGGGAGGAAGCAGAGCAGGCAGGGGUGGCAGAAGGGGGAGGGGAGACAGGGAAGGGAGGGGAGACAGGGAAGGGAGGGGAGACAGGGAAGGGAGGGGAGACAGGGAAGGGAGGGGAGACAGGGAAGGGAGGGGAGACAGGGAAGGGAGGGGAGACAGGGAAGGGAGGGGAGACAGGGAAGGGAGGGGAGACAGGGAAGGGAGGGGAGACAGGGAAGGGAGGGGAGACAGAGAGGGCAGUGGAGGAAGGGGGAAGAGAAGAAAGCUGUAAGAAGCGCAGGAGGUGCGAGGCGAGCUGGGAAGCAGCGGGUGGGAGAGAGGAUGCAGGUUCAGACAUGCUAGAGAGCGCGGCCACAGCUGGUGGUGCCACAGCUGGUGCAAUAAGCUGGAGGCGGAGUCGCUCUCAGGCAGCCAUGGGCUCAGAUGCUGCAGGCUCAGGCAAGAAUGGAUCAGCGGAGGAGGGAUCAGCAGGGGAUGGGACAGGCGGAGGGGCGUGCGAGGAGCAGAAGGGUAGAGAGGGCAGUGCGGGCAGUGGGAGGCAUGUGGUGGAUCUGGAUUCCCGAAAUGUGCCACUAUCUGAAGUCAUGCAAGGGACCACUCAGGGGGCGGAGGAGGUAAAGAAGACUGCAAGUGCUUAUAACGAGGCUAAGGACAUAAGAAGUGAAGAGGAUGGGGUUGAAGUGCUUAAAGCGGAAAAUUGUCAACAGCUCACUGAGGAGCAAAAAGGGUUAAGUGACAAGGGAGGACUCAGUGCAGUCAAGGCAAAGGAAGGUGAACGGGAAGGGAAUGUUUCUGCCUUGCAGCCCACAAGCGGUCAGGGUCAUUUUAAGGAACAUAGUGGCAGGAAGGGAGGCGAGAGCAGUGCAGUGGGUGCAUCAGCAGCAAGCACAGAUGAUGCUGCGGAGGAGGGGAGGGGUGACGAGGGGUGCUGGGUGGUUGGUGAGAGCGGGGAUGAGGAGGAGAAAGGAAGCGGGGAGGAGGUGGCAUCAGAGCAGGUGCAAGGGCAGGAGAACCCGAGACAGGGGAGUAAGAGGGAAGCUAGAGAAGGAGCGCUAGCAGAGAGUGAGACAGUUGAGAGCGAAGCAGCAGUAGAGGCGGGUGUGACACAGAAGGCACGCAGAGGGGAUGCUCCUGCUGCGCCUGCGCCUGCUUCUGCUGCUGCAGGUGGGAGUGUUGGUGUCCGGACAAGGUCAAGCAGGGGGGAACCGGCAGGUGAUGAGAGCAGGAGGCGCGGCAGCGAGAGAGAGGCAGGCGUGCCGCUACGGAGGAGUGCGCGGGUGGCAGAUGGCAUGGGCGGGUGGAAACGAGGGUUCUGGGCACUGGACGAUGGGUGGUAUGAGCGGGAGCAGCGCGAGGGGGAGAAGGCGAGGAGGGGGCGUAGCAGGGCCAGGCAGAAGGCAGGAGAUGCGGAGGUGAAAGCAGAGAAGGAGGAGGUGGAAGGUGUUAGAGGGAAGAAGAGGAGGCGAGGGGAGAGGGCGGGGUCUGGUAGUGAAGGGGGGCGCGAGAUGGGUGAGAGGAAGGGUGCAGGGGCGGGUAAGGUCAUUAGGCAUGCACAGGGUAAGGGUGUCGUGGGUAAGGGCGAGGAUACGAGUAGUGAACAUGGCACAGAGGAGAGAGGGUGGGAUGGUGUGGAUGGUGGAGGGAAGAAGAGGGAUUGGGCUGGAUUGGAUUCUGAGAAGAGCAAAAGCACCAGUGGUGGCACGUGCAAGCGACUGAGGGUGGAUGGAGGGUUGACGGGGGAGAGGGAAGGAGAGGGGGAUGACGGGCACAGGGAUUCAGAGUUGCAAGGGAAGGGGAGCAUGCAGGGGAAGGGAGGGGCUGGUGAGGUCCCCCAAUACAAUGAAAGUACGAGUGCAAUGAAGAGGGUGGAAGGGGGUAGGCGGAGUGGGAAGGAAGCUCGGAGUGGGGGGGAAGGCAGGAGUGCCUCUGGCAAGUCCUCUGAUAGCCGGAGGGAAGGCAGGAGUCCUCUGAUAGGAGUGGGGUGCGAUGAUGCAGAGGAGGGAAGGCAAGUGCAGGAGGGGGAGGGGGAGCCGGAGGAGAAAGAAGAAGAGGAGGCAAGGAGGAAUCGAGAUAGCCAAGGGAGUGAAGAUGGUGAGGAGAGGCGGGACGCUAGUGGUGAAGCAGGAGAGGCGAUGGGAGAUGCAGGUGCAGGUGAGGGUGCAGGUGAGGGUGGGCGUGGCCCCCGCGCGUUCCCUCCUGUGUCCCCUUGCGAGCCCAUGUCUCUUCUGCUGUCUGCCGUGUCGGCGUUUGAAGAGAUGGACUUGCAGCAAGCAACGCUGGCCGGCAUUGGCGCGGUAGAUCCUGCUGCUGAGAGAGAGGGGCGGGAGAAGGAGGAAAGGGAGGGGGAGGGGAGAGAUAAUGCGGACAGGGAGGCAGGUGCUUUUGCUGCAAGGGACAGUGGGGGAGAGAAGAAGGAGAAGGAGGUAGGGGGAAGGACGGAGGAGGAGGAGAGGGAGAAGCGUUGGAGGAAGGCUAGGGUUGGGAGGUAUGAUGGGAUGGACGAGCUAAAAGAGAGUGUGGAGGAUAGGGAUGGGCUAGGAGUGGUGGUGAACGGUGAGGAUGGUGAGGAGGACAGCAGUAGAACCAUGCGCAUUCCCACCACUGCUCCUGGUUCCGCUGAUGCUGCCUUUGCUUCUGCUGCUGCUGCAGCUGCCGACGCCGCUGCUGCUGCUGCCACUGCUGCUGCUGCUGCGGCUGUUGCUGCAGAUGCAGCAGCAGUUGCAGCUGCUGCUAGUGGCAGCAUGCGGCAGAGGAAGGCGGGGAGCCAGGGACCUGCAGGCAAGCACAGCCCCCCUGGCAGCAGGGCGGAGGGGAGUGCAGGGAGGCCGGAUGGGCAAAGUGGGCAGUGGAUGAGCGUGGAGGUGCCACAGCUGGAGGAUGGUGAGGAGGAGAGAGAUGAGGGGGAAGAGGCAGCGGCCUGUGGCAGAGGGGAGAGACCAGGAGGCAUAGAGGCAGCGGCAGUGGCAUGUGGAGAAACGAGUGGGGUCGGGGCAGUCACGGCAAAGGGUGAGGCAGGUCUAUCUGGAGGAGUUGGUGCUGCUAGUGCUGCUGCUGCUGCUGAUGCUGCUGGUACUGGCGCUGGUACUGCUGUUACCGCUGGCACUGGUGAUGGCACUGGUGCUGCUGCGUGCAGUGGCAGUGGACAGGCAGUGCAAGCAGAGCAAGAGCCUGUGGUGGUAUGGCUUAUGGGCCGACCUCUAGUCAUGGGCACCCGCCCUUGCUCUCCCUCCCCUGCCUCCUCAACUCCUUGCACCACCACUCCUCCUCAUACUGUUGCUGAUGCUGAUGCGGCUGCUGCUGCUUCUACGUCCACUCCUCCUGCGCCUGGGUCUGUGCUCCCACGCAAAGCUGGCUCUGCUCGUCCUACCCCACCUGCCACUCCAUCGCACGCCACAUCUUGGGCUAACGCCGCUGCCGUUGCUCCCAUCCACACCAGCACCACUGCUGUCAAUACCAGCACACCCAUUGCUGCUCCUGCUGCUGCUAGGACGCCAACCGUUGCUGUUUCGUCCCCCUCUGCUGCGCACAUGGUAUCGCCUCUGAGAGCACCUCCGCCUCUGGCCCUUCGCCAUUUGGCUGGCAGCAUGUCUGGCUGGCUGGGGAUGCGAGGGCAGCAUGUGGCAGCACCAACCACGACAGGAGCAGAAACAGGGGGAGCAGUGGGGGCAACAGGAUGGCGGCAUGAGUGGGCCCAUGCAGGCCCCUCCACAGCACAGCAUGCCUCGCUGCCUCGUUCCUUCCCUCUCUCCCACCCUGCUCCCACUACGCCACCUGCAUCAUCUGCACCUACUGGCACAGCUGGCAACUUCCCAGGGCAGAGCGGGGGAAUGUGUUUGCAGCCGGGAAGUAUGGGUAGCGCCAGUGACCCAUUGCCUCAGCACACCCUAGCCGCACGUGGAAAUAAUGUGACCGCGGCCUUGGGAGCACCAAGGACUGCAGCAGCUGCAGGUGCAGGUGCAUGUGCAGGUGCAGGUGCAGGUGGAGCAGUGCGAGGGGCCAUUUUAGAAGCAGUGCCAGUGGGUGCAGGAGGUGGUUGCACAACAGCAGCAGCCCCCGUGCUAGGAGGCACAGCAGCUGGACCCUCUGCUGUUGCGCUUCCAUAUGGUGGGGAGCAAGGGUGGAGAGACAGCGGCGGCGGAGCAGGAGGAGGAGGAGUAGCAGGGGAGGUGAAAGCGAGGUUUCGACCAGGCGAAGUGGUUGUGCUGGAUGACUCUCCGCCCUGCUCUCCCACCAACGCACAUGCAGCGGACAGGGAAGCAACAGCAGCAGGAGCCACGUACACUAAUACUGUGCCAGCUGCACCCGUUACUGGGCCUCACAUGCCAGCUGCUGCUGCUGCGUUCGCCCCCAGCAAUACCUCUCUCAACCUAACAGCACCGAAUGCCUCCUCCCUACUUGCCCCCCCUCCUGAUCCUAUGCAGCCUCCAUUCAGGCCUCCCCUACUCUCCCAUCCUAACCUCCACCCCGGACUUACCAUUCUCCCUCUUCCUGCCUUCUCCUCUUCUGCAUUUUCCAGCCCGGAUCCUCCCCAGGCUUCUUCUCUCUCGCUUGCAUCGUCUGUUGCGCACCACUCCCCGCAACCUCUCCCUGCCCCGUCCGCACCUUCCCUACCGCCCUCCCUCCCAGCAUCCGCACCUGCAGCUGGGUUCAGAAGAGGCAGGGGCAAGGCGGGACAGGGCCCAUGCCCUACCCCAGAGUACCCGUACCAUCUCCACCGCCAACAAUAG